AUGGGAAGCCAAGAUGUGAAGUUGCUGAGCUUUUGGAUGAGUCCAUUUGCUAAGAGGGUUGAGUGGGGUUUGAAACUCAAGGGUAUUGAUUAUGAGCAUGUUGAAGAUGAUAUAUUCAACAAAAGCCCUCUCCUUUUAGAAUUGAACCCGGUUUACAAGAAGGUUCCGGUUCUUGUUCAUGGCCAGAAAUCAAUAGCAGAGUCACUAAUUAUCCUUGAAUACAUUGAUGAAACAUGGAAGCAAUCUCCACUUUUGCCUCACCAUCCUUAUGAAAAAGCUCUUGCUCGCUUUUGGGCUAACUUUUCUGAUAAAAAGCUUUGGGAAGCAUCAUUUAUUGCAAUGUGUACCAGUGGGGAAGAACAAGAAAAGGCUGUGAAGCUAGCAAGAGAAGCAAUAGAGAAGAUAGAAGAGGAGAUUAAAGGGAAGAAAUUCUUUGGAGGAGACAAUAUUGGGUACCUUGAUCUUGCUCUUGGAUGGAUUUCUUACUGGCUCCCUAUUUAUGAAGAAGUUGGGUGUAUGCAGAUAAUAGACCCAUUGAAAUGUUCAGCCAUCACUGCAUGGAUGCCUAAUUUUCUCAGCCACCCUGUGAUUAAGGACAGCUUGACCUCAAGAAAUGAGAUGAUUGUUUUCUUCCAGGCUCGCAGAAAGCAGUGGUCAGAGGCAUUUCAUGGCUGGUUCGAUGUUUAA